GCACACACACACACACACACGGAGAUUCACAGCCCAGGCACCCUCAAACAUACCCACACACACACCAGGCAGCCCAAUCCCCACACACAUGCAUGGGGAGACUCACAGCCCAGGCACCCCCAAACACACCCACACACACGUGGAUAGACACACAGGGACAUUGACUCUCUCACACACACAGACAUGAAAACUCACAGCCCAGGGACCCUCAAACACGCACGCAUACACACAGGAACUUACAAACACUCCCUCAGACCCUCACAAACCCUACCAGCUUGCCCCUCCGCUGCCCUGCCUCAGCCACUUACCGGCCUUCUGUUUCCCCCGGCCUGGAGCAAAGCCACUACCCUAUCUAGGCCACAUGAGCUGUCUCCUGCCUGUUCCCAGCCUUGGGCCCGGCACAGUCAGCCUUUUUUCUCCCGCCCCCUGCCUUGAGCCCAGUGUGGCUGCAGUUCGUAAAGCUCAAUCACCCCAGCCAGCAACCUGCAAACCUGCUAAAGAAAAAAGCCUGCAGCCGAUUAGCUCGGUUUAACAGCAAGGAAGAAGGUUGCCCCCUGGUGCUCUCUCCUCGAAUAUAUUGUGUUUGAAGGGGGAGAAAAGAAACGGAAGUGUGUUUGUCAGCAGCCGGAAAUGAAAUGACGACCAGGACAGAGCAAGUGGGCGGCGUAGGGGAGGAUCCAAAUAGAAAAAAGAGAGAAACAUUUACACGCACUGAAGUGGAUGCGGUUUUUCAAGCCACGAUCAACUCCUGUUUGCCUUUUCAUCUGUUCUGUCCUUUUCCCCUCACCGUCGUUGAAUCUUCGACACGAGCGAUAGGCUUAUUUGAUUGGAUAUAACAAGAUGGCAGCAACUCCAGCAGCGAGUGCUGUGGAUGUUCAAGCUCGAUUUGGCCACUCGGUGAAGGGACUACUGACCGAGAAAGUGACCACCUGCGGCACAGACGUCAUUGCCCUCACCAAACAGGUGCUGAAGGGUUCCCGGAGCGCCGAGUUCCUAGGACAGGCUGCCAGAAACAUGGUGAUGCAAGAGGAUGCUAUCCUGCACUCGGAAGAUAGUUUAAGAAAAAUGGCCAUUAUAACUACUCAUUUGCAGUACCAGCAGGAAGCUAUUCAGAAAAAUGUUGAACAGUCUUCAAAUCUGUGUGAUCAACUGAGCCACCUUCUGAAAUGAAAAGAAAAUGUUGUAUGUUAUUAAAGAACAGCUUGAAACUAAUGGAAGAAAACACGUCUCAGGACUUCUGGAGACACUUCCUGUGUUCCCUCUUCAGCAAAUGCACUAUGAGACUGACAAUGUCCAAAGUCAUCUGCUAGCUGUAAUGAUGCAAAAUGCACAUUGCUCAGUGUAUAAGACUCUGACCUGCUAAUGGGAGUAGCUGUUAAUGUUUUUCGUCACCAAUGUUGUCUUUAUAAAAGGCUAGCUAUUUUUCAUGUAUCUAAUUACAGACUGCAAUCCUAUUAUCUGUUUAGGAAUUUAGUUUCCCGAGGAUUUACACCUCUGUAAAUAAUAAAUCAAAUACAUCUUGUUUUACUUUUGAGCGCUUCAAAGGAUGACAUUCUUCUUUCAAACUAUAAAACCUCAGUCAAAUUAAAAUAUAGUGUGAAAUUCUUCAUUUUGCAGGGCUGAGGCAUAGUCUUGUCAUACUAAGCCGAGCACUAGAAAGUUGUUUGAAAUUGCUAUAUAUGCAAGUGGUUAUUUUGUGUAGGUGCAACCACCAUUUUGUACAGGAUUAUUCUUCAAGCAUGUCACCUCUAAUCCACCUGAAAAGUAGUUUGCAGUGAUGUGCAAAAAGCCUAAUCCCAUGUAUACUGGUUUUGGCAGAGAACCAGUCCGUGUAUUAUUUUCAGUAGUCACUGCACACAAUGAUUUUGCGCAUCCACAAAUGCACCAUUUGCCAGCUUAAUAACCCUAGUGAGCUAGAAAUGUUAAUAGUCACUAUUGUUCCUAAAUACUCUCACUUCUCUGAAAUCGACUGCAGAACUGAUGACUGGCAUUUUGCAUCCCUGAAAAUGAACAUCUACCUUCAUUAUUUAGGUACUUAAACAAAAGAGUUCUAUCUUCAAGGACUGGAACCCUUUUCUGGCUCACUCUCAUCUUAUUUAAUUCAUUAUUAUCUAUUUAUUUAUUUAUUAGAUUUAUAUCCCACCCUUUCUCCCAGUAGGAGCCCAUGGUGGCAAGUGUUUAAUGGGACUGAGCAUACUAAGAUGAAAUGUGACAACUUAUUUAGGUUUUCUUUAAAAUACUAACUUCAGCAGUUUGCAACAAAAUCCGUAUGCAUCAUUGUAUACAGGUGAUAACAGUUUAUUUUUAUUUUAUUUAUUUAAUUACAUUUCUAGACCGCCCUAUAGCAGAAAGCUCUCAGGGCGGUGUACAACAAAUAAAAUCACAAUUAAAAUUUUCUCAUUUAGGUGGCAAUCCUAUGCACAUUUUCCAGGGAAUAAUCCCCACUGGGCAUAUGAGACUUUACUUUUGAGUAAACAUGAUUAGGUUUGCACUUUUAAUUCCCUCCCUCUAUUUCUCAGUGCAGUUUUGAUUUCAUGAGAGUGAGCUGUGCUGAAACUACUUAAGUGCGCAUAUUUUCUUGCAGAAAGAGUCCUGGAAGAGAUCCCUUAAGUCUGUACAUCUGCUGUCAGUUUUGUCCUUGGACUACAUUCCUACACAUUCACUGUUAUGGCUCUUGAUUAAGCAGCCUUGGCUUCAUUAUGUAAUUCCCUAAAGAACCAGUAAUCUAUUCAGAUAUACAGCUGGAGAAGUACAUGUGAUAUCUUAUUUAUACAGUGCUGUGCACUGAGCCAAAUUAAAGCCAAUGGGAAACAGAACUGAUCUAUAAUAUGCAUUUUCUUUUUAUUAGUUUGUUUAUGCUUUAUUCCUUCACUUUUUAUCAAUGAAUCAUGAGUACCUUUCUCUGAACAAAGUAUUUUGUACACACAAUCACAUGUAAUACGUGUUAAGGUUGCUGUGCCUCUUGCUCUAUAUAAACAAGAACCAGUUAAAUAUAUAUCUGUGGAUAAUGGUGAUGCUGUUAUAUUUUGUGCAUGGUUAAAAUCAUUCCCUGUAUUUCUGAUGUUCAGAGAUGAGUGUUGUUAGCCAAAAUGAUACCACCCACUCACAAGAGGAAAAUAUCAGCAGACGUUUGGAAACUCCAAGGGUUGAAGAAAACGGCACAUUUUUAUGAAAAAAGGGGGGGAACCCUCCCCAAACAGCCCAAUGAGGACUCAGAGUGAGCAUGCUCAGUGGCCACAAGCUGGGGUUGGAAUGGAAAAUCAUGUGGGAGGGGAUUGAAUGGAAUAUUGUGGAGAAGGGCAUGGCUGACAGACUUGAAAAGUGAACAGGAACACUCCAUGUUACAAUUUGUUGCAAGUCCCAUUUGUAUUGUUUUUAAUACUGAUUGGUCCAUUCUUAUACAAUGAUUUAAUGGGUAAAGCAAACAAUAAUAAAAAGCUGUUUUGAAAUUAUUGUGAUAA